UACCCAGCCAGUGGAGCCCCAAAAUAUCCCCCACUGCCACAAAAAGCCCAAGACGAAGCUCCGGAGGCCUUGUCUUUGUGGCUUUGUCUUGUAUUGUCUUGCCUUGUUUCUCUGCUGUUCUGUGCACGCUCUUCCCAUACUUCUCUGCGUCGUCUUUCGUGCUGCUCUCACACAUUCAGAUCAAGAAAGAAGUGAAGAGGCAGGGAUCAUGGUGCGUGGAGGUAGCAGCGGUGGAGGGCAAAGCUCCUUGGGGUAUCUGUUCGGGAGCGAUGCCGGCCCUGCUAAGCCUGCUGCCAGGGCUCCUGCCCUAGAGCCUCAGCAGCCGCCAGCUGAGCAGCGAGCGGCUGGGUUUGCGAGGAAUAACGUCGCAGAGGAGAAGUCUGCCCCUGCAGCAGCUCCUGUGUCUAAGGUUGACGAAGGGACGUCCUUGGACAUGGGCGCCAACAAGAUGGGCCGGAACUCGAACAACUACCACCGUGCUGAUGGUCAGAACAAUGGAAACUUCAUCACCGACCGACCUACGACAAAGGUCCACGCUGCUCCUGGCGGAGGAUCCUCCUUGGGUUACCUAUUUGGCGGCAAUUAAACCAGAUUUGUAUACGAUUUAAAUGAUGCACCACAAAUCAUUACCUCUAAAUUUACAGCUUGUUUGUAGGCUAAGAGUUCUUGGAUAAACUCUUGUGCAGCGCCAGUAUUGUGACAGCAGGUGUUUAAGAGCGUUAACCUUGCUGUGCUCCUUACAUGUCUUGUCAGAAUAAGGCUGGUGUAUGUAUCUUUGUAGAAAAGACUCCUAAUCUUCUCCCUCGGUCCUUAGCUACGCAGAUGUUGGAGGUUCUGUUUUGAUUGAAGGUGUACUGAAGCAUGGAUUAGUUUGAGGUUUCAACCAUUGUCAACUGAUAGUUCAGCAGUCAAGAUGAUAGUAAAUCCUAAAAAUUGUAAUUCAGAAUCGAUUCUAGCACUAAUAUCAUUUACGUACAAGCGAAUUCACUGUUGUAUUACAACAGUUCCUUUAUCGAU